CCUUGCGUGAUGCGGGACAGAAGAAGAAGAAGAAGAAGAAGAAGAACGCCGUGGCCAUAUUGUGCAAGGUUUCCAGGCACCACGUCUGUGGGCUGCGGACGAUGUACCGAAUCAAGAUCAAGGUCAAGACGCACCCGAUUAACACGCGCGUCACCCGACUGCUUCUGGCGGUGGCCGCCCUGUUUACGACUGUCAUCGUCGGCUUCAAGCUGUACCGCAUAGCGAUCCUGCACGCCGACAAAAUGGAAGGAGAGCUGUCCGGAUGGUUCGAUAAGGACGCCUUCGUACCCGACAAGCUUCCGACGGACCUCGUGCCCGACAUGUACACCCUCUCGAUCAACGCGACCAACGUCACGUUCAGCGGGAACGUCACCAUCAAGGUCAUCUGUAGGAAGAACACCUCGUACCUCCUGCUGCACGCGGCCCCUAGCCUGCGCAUCAAGUCCGCCGAAGUCAAGGAUCUCACAGAGAAAAACUUCAGGGUCAGGCUGUUCGAGCGGCUUCGCAGCAGUAACAUGUUGAUCGUCAAGGCUACGGGCAGGCAAUUCAUACCACCGCGAACUUACAUGGUGGCGAUAUCUUUCGAGGGAGAGACGCUGCGCUACCCCGAACAUAAAACUGGUCUGGUGUCGGUGCAGCAUCCUGGCGGUUACGAGAGCAUCAUGUUCCUCAACGAAGGUCGGGCCUCCCGCGGGGUGUUUCCUUCGUUCAACAGGCACAGCUCUCGGGCAGGCUUUAAAUUGGACGGCGUCGUGCGGCGUGGUAUGGUGAUAUGCAGCAGCCAGCAUCCCAUCGAAGACCGGGACGACGAGAUGAUCCAAGACAAUGGCGGCCCAGGGGACUUGUUCCGCGUGCGGUUCGGCACCAUCGACGCCAUCACGAGCGACCGGCUCAGCUGGUUCCAGACCAACCUCCACAACAGCGCUUUGGGCUCGGGCGUCGUCAUGUGGAACACCGAGAAACGCUUGGGUUUGAUGGAAGAACCGCGGCAACUUUUCGAGACCUCGCGGACAGCGGUGACCCGCAUCUACCCCUCCCUGACUAUACCCAAGCGCAUUCACGUGGUCCACCUGCCGGAUUUCGACAAGACGAUGGUUUGCUGGGGCAUUAUCUACUCGUCGCGCUUCGAAGCCAACACCGAACAGCUGGAGAUACGCGAGAGACAAGCGUGGAGGUUUCGGUUCCAGUUCCAGGCCACCACAAUGCUGGCCAGCUUCACCUUCGGCCACACCGUGACACCCCGCUGGGCCAACGACAUGUGGUUCUUUGCAGGCUUGUCCGCGGCGAUAGCGUAUGACUCUAUGGAGGUUCACGAGUCGUUCAGGCGUCAAAAGCCUUGGCUGGUCAGCUACCGUCGCCGAGCCUUCAGUUUCUCGGACGCGCUGAACCGGCUCACUCCGGACACGUUCGACUUCGCCGGAGGCAGGGACCCGGCAAUGAUCUCCCGGGCGUUCCUGCUUUUCCUGCUCUACAAGGAUUGCCUCCUCGGCAAGAAAAAUUUCCGAGAAAAGGUUCGUGGGUUCAUCAGCAAGUACAAGUUCACGACGACUAAUUCGGACAGCGCCGUCGACAUCCUGACCGGCAUGUCCACGUACCAAAAGAGCUAUUUCGCCACCUGGGCCAACAAGCCUAGUCACCCUGUGCUCAUUGUGCAGCUGGCGAAUGGCGACACGGAGAAAAGUGAGGUGACAGUACGACAGACGUACUUCAAGACCAGUUUCGUGAGCGUCAACGACACCUGGGUGAUCCCGCUCCUGCCAGUGUGGAUACACCUGAACGGCACGGCCAAAGCGCUGACGCGCCGAUUACUCUACGGAGACUUCAACACCGUCAUGAACCUUGGGUCUAUGCACCAGGGCGCGCUGCUGCUCUUCCACGACGUGGCGUCGCUGUCGCGCACCCUCUACGACUCGCGACUGUGGGGCCUGCUGUUCGCGCUGCUGGACGGUCCCGAGUUCGCGGCUGUGCCCACGGUGAACCGCGCCUCGCUGCAGCAGGACUUGGGCGCCUUCCUCCGCAACGGUGACGUCGGGGUCACGCUCUACAUCGCCGGCAUCCGGUACAUUUGGCGCGAGACCAGCCGCGCCGUGUGGAGGGCCUUCGCAAAGGAAUACCGGGAGAUCAGGAAGAUGGCCGCCAAGAUGCCGCUGGCGCAGCUGGACGAACUGGUCCGCAGCAUCACUUCCUGGCACCAACCGGUGAACACGAGUGCGGGCGACAUAACCGAAUUCGACCUGGACACUCGGCCAUUCGUCGAAGAGGUGAUGUGCCUGGUGUCGGGGGCGCAGAUCUGCGAAGAGCACGACACCGAUCUGGACGAGUGGGGCUUCGACAUAUGAGCGUCGUCCUUUCAAGUGUUCGGGGCGCCGGGGAAGGGCUCGGCGACGGCCCCACUCGCGCUUGCCCGGAAAAGAAUCAUUAUUCUUCCGAAACAUUGAAAAAGCUGGACUAUAGCCGCAACUUAAUGCCCUGUAUAGUAUAUAUUUAUUGGUAUUGCUCACUAAAGAUGUUACGCGUUCGGA